GUAUAAAUAUACACACGAGCGUGUGAUAAUAUCAUAACGCGUUGAGACGUCAACAUGAUGAAGUACGCGUGCGUCGCGCUGUUCUCCUGCUGUGUAUUGUUUUGUGCCGGUUUAGAUAAAGACUGUGGAAAAAACGAAGAGUAUCAAUGUGUGCGGGAGUGCCCCGGUGAAAGAACAUGCAACGAUCGUGACAUAUCGAUAUCUUGUUUGCCCGAAGAUAACUAUUGUCAUUACAUAUGUGCUUGCAAGCAUGGAUUUAUAAGGAAUGAAAAUAAUGAAUGUAUUAGUGAAGAUCAGUGUGAAAUAUGUACAAGAGAGAAUGAGGAGUAUGACUGCGGCGAAUUGUGUGACAAUGUUUGUGCGACGUUGUCUGAGCGGAACAGAACCCACUGUGAUCUGUGGAACCCCAGAUGUGUCCGCCAGUGUUACUGCAAGGAUGGCUACGCAAGAGACGAGAACAGAAAUUGUAUACCUGUAGACGAAUGCCCUGAAACACCAAAAUAUGAAGAGUAGUAAAAAAAUAAUGAGUCUGUCCUUCUAAUUUUCUAUUGUAAUAAAUAUUAACAAAAAUGAAAAAAGUUUACAUAACUGUAAAAAGAACAGCCCAGCUGACAUAACUAUUUCUGAAGUGCCUAGACUCCGAUGAUUGUUAGGCAUAGUUCUAAGCUUGGAGUUCGAAUUUCAGGUUCGAAUGUUAGGU